AUGUUCCUCAGCGCCAUCGUGAUGAUGAAGAACCGACGCUCCAGUGAGUUGGGGCGUCGGGAGGUGGAGAUCCUCAUGUUCCUCAGCGCCAUCGUGAUGAUGAAGAACCGACGCUCCAUCACCGUGGAGCAGCACAUCGGGAACAUCUUCAUGUUCAGCAAAGUGGCAAACGCCAUCCUCUUCUUCCGCCUCGACGUCCGCAUGGGCCUGCUCUACCUCACGCUCUGCAUAGUGUUCCUCAUGACCUGCAAGCCCCCCCUCUACAUGGGCCCUGAGUACAUCAAGUAUUUCAGCGACAAGACCAUAGACGAGGAGCUGGAGCGGGACAAGCGGGUGACCUGGAUCGUCGAGUUCUUCGCCAACUGGUCCAGCGAGUGCCAGUCCUUCGCCCCCAUCUUCGCCGACCUCUCUCUCAAGUACAACUGCUCGGGGCUGCACUUCGGGAAGGUGGACGUCGGCCGGUACACGGACGUCAGCACCAGGUACAAGGUCAGCACCUCGCCCCUCACCAAGCAGCUGCCCACCCUCAUCCUCUUCCAGGGCGGGGCAGAGACCAUGCGCCGGCCGCAGAUCGACAAGAAGGGCCGGGCGGUGUCCUGGACCUUCUCCGAGGAGAACGUGAUCCGGGAGUUCAACCUCAACGAGCUCUACCAGAAGGCCAAGAAGCAGUCGAAGCCGCGGGAGGAGGGGCCCGAGGAGCCCCCCGGGCCGCAGGCAGCUGCCCCCCACCCUGACGGGGAGCCCAAGAAGGACAAGUAGAAGCUGCCCUGUGCUGUCACCCAUUGCCACGUCACCGCCACGCUGGUGGCACCGGCCCCACGGGGUCUGCCCGUGCUCCCGGCCGAGCCCUGGGUGAGCAGGGGAGCCCCCACGGCCCCCCUGUGGGCGGGGCCACGCAGGGCAGUAGGACAGACCCCGCCCUCGGUUAACGCUCAUCCUCAUCGCUGACAAUAAAGUGUCCGUGUCCGUGUC